CUGACCGACAGUUAACGGAUCCCACGGUUGUUAUCAUGGACUGAGGCUGUUUCUCGGCUCUUUUCUCAACAGUUUGCAGUCAGACACGGACACACGGUGUGGGAACAUGUCUCCUCUUCCUCAGCUGCUGAAUAUUCAUCUCACUUUGGAUUUUAUCCUCACGAAAACAGAUUUUUUGGGAAGUUUGAAUCCACUGGCGCUCUUUUGACUUUUUCCUGACGUUUGUGGGAAUGUAACGUUUUGAAUAACUUUCACAGCUUUUAUCUCAUGGAUACAGAGACACUGUUGGAGUAUUUACACACUUUCUGUGAUUUUUGAGGGUAAUUUUUUUAUUUGGAGGUGGAAGUGGACUGUUCUUUCUCGUCCCAGACAAGUUUUCAUCACCCUUAGUUAGCUAGCGGGAAAAAAGUAUGCUAUUUUCGGCUUAUCUCAAAGGUCCCAGUAGUUCUGUUGUGUUUACGUGAACAAACAACAAUAAUGAUUUCGGAGGAGAGAAGCAGUCACGUAAAUAAACAAGCCCUGAACUUCCCAGUGGGUUUGCUCAUCCGCUCCCCAAAGAGGCGACUGGCCAAACUGGGGAGGAAACCCAGCAAUGGAUCUGUCCAGUCCAAAGACUCGGACACCACCGUCCGCUCCACAGAGAGUGUUGGUGUUAGGCAGCCAGCCAAGAGUAAAAUCCGUCGGCAUAACAACAGGCUUUCAACUGUUUUCAACCACAGCCCUAACAGUGGUCGCCGUGGCCAGGCACUGGGCAGCGGGAGCCUGGCCGGUGACCUUCAGGCUGCAGAUGACCCGGCAGAGCUGUCCAGUCAAAUGUCUGUCCCUGGCAUCCUGAAAAUCUUUGGCAGCGACAUCUGUCAGGGGACCAAUUAUAAGAGCGUGCUGGCCACCAUACAGUCCAGUGCAAAGGAACUGGUGAAGGAGGCUUUGGAGAGGUACUGCCUGGAGAAAGAAGACGUCAACGACUAUGUGCUCUGCGAUGUGAUCGGCAAGAUGGGCGCAGACAACCAGUGGAAGAGGGAGUGCUUCCGGGUGGUGGGAGACAACGAGAAGCCCCUCAUGCUGCAGUCACUCUGGAAACCCAAGGAAGGCUUCUCCAGGCGGUUUGAAAUCCAAAUGAGAGCGAGCGUCGAAGAGCAAAGCUUAAAGGACAGAGACACAGUUACAGCAGGUAUCAACGCUCAGGCUCGAAAGCUGCAGAAGAGCCGCUCUAGAGUGACCUCGCUGUUUGUGGACGGCAGCGGGGAGGAUGUGGACGGACUUGGGAUCUGGAGGAGUCUUAGUGAGAUGGACCUGCCAGCGAUGGGGAAGGAGGCCAGCCGGGCCCAGCAGAGCACGCUCAGAGAGGAUCCCGAGGCCGAGGCUGACAAGGAGGUGCUGCGGCUCGGCAUGGAGAAGGAGGAGACAGAGAGCAGCGAUGACAACACGACCCAGUACUCCAUUCACCCACCCUUCGACUUCCCAUACUUCCUCCUGCUGCAGGGCUACAGCCACAGACAGGAUUUUGUCAUCUACCUGAUGAGUGGGACCACCACCAUCUUCGGCUGCUGCAGGGAGCACUGUAACGGAGAGGAUGAGGAAAGGUUAAAGGUCGACAUCCUUCUCUUUGCUCCUGAUGUGUUGCCUCAACACUGCUGUGUCAGACGCCUGGACUCUAACAACCCAUCGUCCACAGGGGAUCACAGAAAGACAUUGACAAUGCUGAAGCCCCUUCACGGUGCUCCCGUGACCAGAAACGGUUUCCUCCUUAAAGAUGAGGUUGAACUGAACCCAGGGGACUUGGUGGGCUUGGGGAAACACUACCUGUUCAUGUUUAAGGAUCCUACCAGCACACCGGGAUCCAUCCAGAACCCUCCUUGGAUGGCCACACUCUGCCCGAACUCUGACACAAAGACAUCAUCCUCUUGUUUAUCAUGUGGCUCCUCUGUCACCAUCAAAAGGUUCCAGAGGAAGUCUUUACCUCCUCGUUGGAGGGACCUGGAGGGCACGGAGGCUUUGGUGAUCUAUGAGCUGGAGCAGGAGGAGAGGGUCCUGCAGGAGGUUUUGGAUAUGUUGGACCCCAGUGGAAAUGAACCAAAGCUGACGCCUGCUUUCCUGCUGAGCCUCUGUAUUCAGCAUUCAGCGUCCACGUUUGAGCUGACAAACUUCAGACAGCUGCUGCUCCGGAUAGCCAGUCAGGUCCAGCUCGUUAUGUGGGAGAAGACAAAGGAGCUUGCAGCAAUUCAGCCAGAAACGAGCUCCAGUGACGGGCAGCCUGAGCAUUUUCAGCUGCUCAGCAUGGAGGAGCUGAUCCCAGGUCUGCAGCCUCUGGUGCUGUGGAUGGCCAACUCCAUCGAACUGCUGCACUUCAUCCAGCAUGAAGUCCCUCAGCUGCUGCCCUGGAGGCAGGACCAGGAGGACCAAGGACUGUUGGACUCUGAGAUCUCCUCCACUCGGACAGCCUGUGAGGAAGCCAUGACAGUCCUGGAAGAAGUCAUCAUGUUCACCUUCCAGCAGACUGUCUACUAUCUAACAAAGAGCAUGUAUUCAGCGCUGCCUGGCCUGCUGGAUGGGAACCCGUUCUCAGAGAGUGGUCAGCUGCGAGUGCCCGAUGGACUCAACAGCAUCCUGGAAGUGCUGAAGGAGGCGCUGAAGCUUCUUACAGCCUUCCAGGUCCAUCCAGACAUCUCGUUACAACUCUGUGCCUACCUGUUCUUCUUCAUCAACGCAUCGCUGUUCAACACCCUAAUGGAGAGAGGAUCUGUCGCUGGGUUCUACCAGUGGUCCCGAGGUGUUCAGAUCCGGGCCAACCUGGACCUGCUGAUGGACUGGAUCCAGAGCAUCGGUCUGGGCGAUCUGGCCAACGAAUUCUUCCAGAAGCUCUCUGCUGCUGUCAAUCUGCUGGCCACACCCAAAGAGACCCUCCUGCAGGCGUCCUGGGCGUCUCUCAGGACUGAGUUUGCUGCCCUGAACGCUGCUCAGCUUCACCACAUGCUGAGAGAAUACAGCUCUGGUAAAGCCUGUCCCACUGGAUGGACCCCGUCACCGGAUGACGCAGAAGACACUGUCAGGACGGCAAACAUCCUGGAGAGUUUCGACAGCCACCCGCCUCUCAUCUUGCCGAGCACCACGUUUCACCUGGAGCUUGGUAAACCCAUCGUGGAGCCCGCUCUGUUUGAACAGCUCGGUCAUCUGCAGGAGUUCAUUCGCCGACUCCCCCGCAGUGAAACCCAAGCCGAGCCCGCUGUAGAGGAACAGGCUCUCAAUGGGACAACCACAGACAGCCAGUCUAUGACCCCACCCUCCGUCAGGGUCUUGCAGGAUCCUGCCCAUCAGGAGGUCUCUGACCCUGUUACCUGCCCGUCCCCUGAGGCAGACCUGGGCUGCACCUCCCCUUCAGAGCCGGCUCAGGCCCGAGGAUCUCACGGUGACCUGAGCAGCUGUGAGGCAGUCCUGACCCAGAAGCUGAAGAACCUGGAGCUGCAGAACACCCUUCCAGGACAGGCCGACAUGGGCUACCACAAGAGCCUGGCGCUGGACCCGUCCUGCCUGCUGACGCCACCCAACACCCCUCAGGGUAUGGAGCUGGCCGAGCUGGAGGUGGAUCUGCAGGAGGGCGCCCGACAGCAAAAGAAAGCCAGUGGAUGUGCUGACAGGAAGACUGACAAUGUAGAAGAAAAAGAAGAAGAAGAAGAAGACAGAGAGGAAGUGUUCACGGUGGAGCUCCACAGAGGACCUCACGGCCUCGGCCUGGCGCUCGUGGAUGGAACGAAAACACAGCUGAGAAUGAGUGGCAUUUAUGUGAAGUCAGUGGUUCCCGACUCUCCUGCCGCUCAGUGUCAGAAACUGAAAACAGGCGAUCGCAUCCUGGCUGUUAAUGGCAUCAGUGUGGUCGGUAUGGAGUAUAACGUUGGUCGAGAGCUGAUCCGAUCAUCAGGAGACUCUCUCAGACUGCUGGUGGCCAAGAUCGACUCAAAGGCGAGCAACAAGAGCUCGGCUAUGGCUAAAUGCUGAAGGAAGAGGUGUGUGUGGACAAUCAAGUGCAAUUGGGAAUACUAGAGGACGUUUGGUUUCUCCUUCCUGCUGCAUCCAAAGUCAGUAUUUCUUACAGGAUGAAGGAAAACACAGACUUAUUGUGACAUAGAGCUGUUGUGUUUGCGUUGAGACAAUCAUCCCAAAGCAACAGGACCGACUCGAGACUGUGGGCAUGGUCAAGUUUAUAAAAGCUCAUUUUGCUGUCGCAGCUUCUUUCUGGCCUAUAAACAAACUCGACUCCACACUCAUAAACCAUGAGGGUUUGGCGGUGAGGAAAAUAGCUGCCUGUGGCAAUUUGCUGUUGUGAAACAUCUAUUUGAAUGUCUGAGUACACAGUAUUCUGUCUGCGGAGCUUCAUGUAGCUGCUCCAGGAUCAAGAUUCAUGUAUGGCACCAACUGGAACUAUUCUCAAAUUCAUUCUUAAAGUAUGGCUAUAUGAAAAACUGUGAAACAGGAUAUUUUACACUGCAACAAUUCCAUUUCCAGGGAGUCAUAAAAUCAUAUUACUUUGCACAAGUUAAAGAUCUGUCAUUGGGCAUUAGGUUAGUUCAUCUUUUUCCACUACAAAUAUACUUGUUAAGCUUCUUUUUAAACAUAUGCGGAGAAAAAUCCUCAACUACAGAAAACCAGCAGAAUUAUCUCAGCUUACCAGGAGAUUUUUGUAUUUCUUGUUUUAGGAAAAACUAAAUUGAGGCUUGAUGUAAGACAGUGUCUUUUUUUCUUGUUUGUUUGUUUGUUUCAUUUUCCAUUUUGAAAUCUUCACUUUGAUAUCACGUGAAAGACUGUUCAUGCAAAGUAGCUGUUACAACAGCACGCCAAGUGAUGGGUAACUGCACAAGUCCUUAAGACAAUGGGAUAGAAAUCAUCAUCAUUGUUGAUGCAUAUAAACGAAUUUGAGGAUUCUGUGUUCACUUUUUAAUCAAUUUUUCUUAUCAUAAGAAUGGAUCAAAUAACUGGUGAUGGACCUACACAGGAUUAUCAACUGAAUCUGCAGAUCCCCUCGGCUACACAGAACUUUACAGUGUGAUUCAAAUUAUUAUUUAUCUGUCCGACCCAGAACUUUAUGUCCUGGUUCACUCUCACUGCUCUCAUGGCGUCAUUUUCAAUGAAAAAAAUAAAAGCUGUGAAAACUCACUGUUCACCACCUGCUCAACAUCAAACAGCAGAUAGACAGUUAGAGACUAGCUGGUGAAUAUAGUGGAGCAUUUAGCAGCUAAAGAGACAGAUACAAAUGACUAUUCAUGUUGCUCUGUAGCUGCUGGGCGUGUAAGUAAGCAACUGUUUGCUAACAAGUUCAGGUUCAAACUCCUCAACUGGACAGAUGCCAAAAAAUAUUUUGUUACAGAAAUAAAACAGCAAAGUUUGUCUGAGUUAUCAGAAAGUUUUAAGUCUCGGAGUCAAAAGGAAUUCUACAUUUUAAAAUGUACACAAAGUUAAAGGAAGUGCACACUUUCUGUCAUAAUGUUCUCUCUGUUUCAGCUGUUUGUAUGUUUCAGGAUCUUUCAGUGGAGCGUCAUUCACAUUCAUCUACACACAAAAAUGUACAGUGGUUAAACUGAAUUAAAGGAAUAGUUUAACAAUUUGUGGUUGACAGUUAGAUAAGAAGACUGAAACCACUGGCAUGUGUUCUGCAAAAUAAUUUAAGGCACUUCCAGCAGCCCGUUAGCUUAGCUUAGCAUAAAGACUGGAAACAAAGGGAAACAGCUAGCCUGGCUCUCAUCUGUUUCCCCCAGCUAACCAGCUGCUGGCUGUAUCUUCACACUUACGCUACAGGCAUGAGAGCGGUGUCAGUCCUCUCAUCUAACCAUCGGCAAGAAAGCAAAUAAUGUUGAACUUUUCCUUUAAAGCCUUACUGUCAGAGGUUUGGGCCCAAAUCAUAAAGCAUCUCAGAGUUACCAAUCAUAGAUCAGUUUGUAUGAAAAACAUCAGCAGACAUGUUUUAAUAAGUUUAACACUGUAGAGCGACAAACUGCUGCAGCCCUCAUCUCAAGUCUGUCUGUGUUUUAAUCCCAAAUGUUUUAAGUUCAAGUAUAUUGACAUACAGUAUUAUUCACAGUAUUUUGUAAUAUUUAUAUUGCGCAGUAUUUUUGAAACUAUGUAAUAAAUAUUAUUUUGACUGAAAA